UUCAACAAAUUGCCCAUAGUAUUCACGAGCUUGGUCGGGACCGCGUUUCUGCUUGUCGCGUCGUCGCCCUCGUCCGCUUCGUCGUGCCGCGCACAAUCUGAAAGUUUCUGGCAUUACCGCUCUACGCUGGCCGUCUACCUUGUGACCGUGGGGCGCGCUCUCCAAACUCGGACAUAGCAAGGCAACAUGGUCGGCGGACCCCAUCAGCACCGAAGAUGCUCUCAGGAGGGCGGCGUCUUCGCACGCACACCAGAACGACGACGGUCAUCGAGCCAGGGCGACGAGACACCGAGGGCAGUGGGCUUCCUGCUGAACGCGAUGAGCGCUGCUGGUCAUCCGGACGCGAGUCUGAGCGCUGGCCAUGCCGGCGCUGAUCCCCAGCCGUCGAAGAGACUCGCCUUUUUGUCCGACAAGCUUUUGUCUUCCGCAUCUGUCGCCUCGUCUGUCGGACAGCGAAGUGCGGCCAGUCCCAUCUCAGCUCGCACGCACUCCAGGGGCGACUCUGCAUCCGGCACCCCUCGCGAACUGACCGCCUCGCCCGUGCCGACCAUGGCGUCCGCGACCACCCACCAGAAGGGCCAUACAUCGCCUACAAAGGCCUCUGCGCGCACCUAUGACUCCAAGCUGGUUUCGCGCGAGAUGCAUCGUCUAGGCAAUCUCGCACACUCACAUCUCCCUACGCUCGCGCCCUCUCUAGCGGCGUCGCAGAACGCUAGCUCCCACACCCUUGUCAGUUCGAGUCUCCCCAGCAUCUCAUCCACGUCAUCGAAUGAUCCAUGGCAAGCCCUCCAUGUCCAUGUCCUGCCGUUGUUUAACGGCGAACCACUUCGUGUGCCGAUCGAGGACCUGAACCAACUCGUGAAGCGACAUCUCCAAGCGGUCGUCUCUCAGUCUCCCGCAAAAGCACUUGCCAUCCUAGAGCAUGACGCCUCGGAACUGAUUGCCUCCGGCAUGGUCACACUGAACGCGAAGAUCAGCGACAUCGACGACGAGAAGCUGAUGGUUCGAGUGGUAGAGCUGUGGGGAUUCUUCUGGGACCAGGUGUUGCCUUACGUCGAAGGGGCACUCCUACCUCUGCAGACUGACCCACUCCUGUCUUCCUUGUACCGCGUGCCGAAGGGACACAAGCCAAAUACAUCGCCCAUAACAGGAGGCAACGGCAAAGGGUCGAUGUCCUCAAUCAUGCUCCAGUCUGCCCCGCAGAUCGACGUCAGGACUGUUGCCCUACAAUCGUUCCGAGACGCCGUCAUCCUCCCGGUAUCACAUCGCAUGUACUCUCGUCUGACUCUGUCAAAGGAGGACAUCGUGUCGGAGAGUCUAUUGUCGUCACAACCACGGCUGCAACAGAUGCUACUUGUGCUCGUGUCCCAACGGCCGCGCCCGCUGUCAUUCUCCCUGACGUCCGCACCACCACCGCCCACGGCUGGAGAAGCAGCCGUACAACACCUACUCCGCGCGAUCCGAGCUCCGCUCACGCAGCUCGAGCGCAGCAUGCAGCGCGGAAGCGCGACAUACCUCUCCACCGCCCAACCGCGUGACAGGCGCGGUUGGAUCGCCCACAAAGACGACCGCAAACGGAGUGGUACGCGGCGGCCAAUGGGCACGAACGCCGAGGGCGACGAGGGGGAGGAGGACGGUGGUGGGGACGAGACGCCGAGGAUGGCUGCGCGCUUCGCGCACUUGACCCACUUGCGGGAGCGGGAUAAGGAGUUUCUGGACUCGCUAAGGUAUGGGUGAUGGGCGCGGCUCGUUGUGUACGUUUGUGUGAUAUGGACGGGACCUGACUAGGGCUAUUGCUUGUGUGUGCUUAGGAGCCCGGAUCCGGAACGCGUGGACGGCGGAUGGGGAUUGGGCGUCACAGGCGAGGAGAACAAGGUGGAAGAGGACGAGGAAGAGGAGAAUAUGGAUUGGGACCAGGCACAGGUGGGUACAGUCGUCAUGGACUAGUGGACAAUUCUCACGACGCUCACGACGAUCGUCACAGGCCGUCGUCGAGCGGAUG